GGCCCGAUAUAUAUCGAUAACAAAUGAGUACUUUUGCUGGGGUGGGUGGCGAACAUUCUUCACAUCGCUGCCAACAGCUGUUUACACAAAUUAAAUAUUUUCCACUUUAUUGGCAAAAUAAAAAAUUAGUUUUAAUCAUGAAUUUAAUAAGUGGUAUUAAAUUGUAUAUUGAAAAGAUGUGCACAGAGUCUGGACCAGGCAUGAAAAUUAUAUUGCUAGACAAAGAAACGACGAGCAUUAUUUCAAUGGCCUUUAGCCAAUCUGAUAUGCUGCAACGUGAGGUGUAUCUCUUUGAACGCCUGGAUUCUGGCCGUUCGAACGAACGCUUAAAGUAUCUGAAGUGCAUUGUUUUCAUACGGCCCACAAAGCAAAAUAUCCAACUGUUGGCAAACGAGCUGCGCAAUCCCAAGUAUAGCGCCUAUUUUAUAUAUUUUAGCAAUAUCAUACCGCGCACUGAUAUUAAAUAUCUGGCGGAAUGCGAUGAGUCAGAGUCUGUCCGUGAAGUAAAGGAAUUGUAUGCGGACUACCUGUGCGUUAAUCCAAAUUUAUUCUCCCUGAACCUACCCAACUGCAUGGCAAAUCUUAACUGGCUGCCCGAUUCAUUGACACGCAGCGUACAGGGCAUUACGGCUGUUCUACUGUCGCUCAAAUUGAAUCCGGUCAUACGAUAUCGUGCCGGGUCGCAAGUGGCACAGCUUCUAGCCAAGUUGAUCUACGAUCAGACAACCAAAGAAUCAUCUCUAUUCGAUUUCCGCGGCAAUGUUGAUGGGGCUGCGCCACCCUUGCUGCUGUUGCUGGAUCGCAGAGAUGAUCCAGUGACACCCUUGCUGCAUCAAUGGUCCUAUCAAGCCAUGGUGCACGAGCUGCUGAAUAUACGCAACAAUCGCGUUGACUUGUCUGAGCGCCCCAAUGUGCCCAAGGAGUUCAAGGAGCUGGUGCUCUCCGGUGACCAGGAUGAGUUUUAUGGCACCAAUAUGUAUGCAAAUUACGGUGAAAUUGGCUCUACCAUUAAACAGCUUAUGGAGGAGUUUCAGCGCAAGGCGAAUGAUCACAAAAAAGUCGAGAGCAUUAAUGACAUGAAGAACUUCAUUGAAUCCUAUCCGCAGUUUAAAAAAAUGUCUGGCACCGUACAAAAGCAUUUAUGCAUCAUGGGAGAACUGUCCAGUAUUUCGAAUAAGCGCAAUCUUUUCGAGGUAUCGGAGCUGGAGCAAGAGAUAGCCUGUAAGGCCGAACACUCAGCACAGCUGCAGCGCAUAAAAAAAUUAAUUGCCGACGAACGAGUCGACAUCGAUGAUGCUGUCAAGCUGGUGGCAUUGUAUGCGCUGCGCUACGAACGGCAUGCAAAUUGCGAUACAUCUGGAUUGCUGCAGAUCAUCAAGACACGUGGCGGUAAUACACAGAUUGUGCCCGCUUUGAUUGAGUAUGCGGGCACGCAUGUGCGUCAGGGCGAUCUAUUUAAUAUGGUGCGCAUCACAGAUGCCGUGAAGUUGACAAGAAUUCUGAUCAAAGGUCUCAAAGGUGUGGAGAAUGUGUUCACACAGCACACUCCACUGCUGAAAGAAACGCUGGAGGAUGUGUUCAAAGGCCGUGAGCUCGAUCCCAUGUAUCCAGCUAUUAAUUCAGAGCUGGUGCCAUUUCGACGACCACCACAGGAGGUAGUAGUUUUUAUCAUUGGCGGUGCCACGUACGAAGAGGCCUUUGCCGUACAUCAGCUGAACAAUGCUGGAUAUCGGGUGAUCCUUGGCGGCACCACCAUACACAAUUCCCAAAGCUUCAUCAACGAAGUGCUGACGGCCACGAGUGGCACACAAUUCAAACAUACCAAAUCCAUGCUUAAGUAUUGCUCCCCAGAUAAUCUUUAAGAUACCCGAUUCGGCUUAUUCCAUAU